UCCGUUACGAAAUACCGCCAAGAAUUUUUAACCAAUCAGACUUCUUUUUUCAAAUUUAUUCGAGCGUCGUUGACGCUUCGCGUGACGGCGUAGCUUUUCCGGCUUGAUGUUGAAUUGAAUGUUGUUUUGUUGUCAAAUAUUUACAAUUUGCAGACGAAUUUGAAAUUUAGAAAUAUACCUAAUCAUAGUUCGUGCUUUGUGCUGAAUAAAAUAAUCUAUUAUUGUAUUAAUUAAAUGCUUUUGUAUCUAAUGAGUUUUUUGUUUAGUGCAAUAUCUUCGCGUGUGGUGAUGAGAUAAUUAUAGCAAUUAAUAUUAUAAGCAGUCAUCUGCUUGUGUGUAGUAAUCAUGAUGUCUACAAGAAGUGGUCGGACUCGUCAGAGUAUAGUUGAAGCGAGUCCUCCGCGCACUCGAAAAGGAGUAUCCCCAACUCGGUCUCCCGCCAGAAACCGAAAGAGUUCGCCUUUGGAACGAUCGUCUCAAAAGUCGCCCUCCCGCAAAUCGCCCAGUAGGAAGCCUGCGCCGAAAUAUCCUGCGCGUAAGUCGCCGUCCAGGGCCGUUAAGGAAACGAAAGAGGUAAAACAGGAAACUAUUAAAUCACCAUCAAAACGACCUGCUAUUAAAAAAGACGUCGAAGUUAAAUUAGAGGAUGUAUCAAGAUCAACUAAGAUUGAGCUUUUGCGUAGCACUCGAACGCGACGUAUCGAUUAUUCUGUCGCAGAUUUUCCAACAAGUUUGCCUGAAACAGAUUUACCAAAAACUGACUUAACAUCGAGGGAAGGACUCAACGGUAUUGAGGAAUUAGAGCCCAGAGAAUCACUUGAUGAUAUAUUUUCGAUCAGUUUAAGGAAUAGAAGAACUAUAGAAGAAACUCCUCCCCGUAGGUCUAGCAGGUUGAAGGAUGUAGUUGAUAGUUUUCCAGAUAUAAGACGUAGCUUUAGUAAGUCACUCAGUAAGUCGGUAAGUAAGUCUAUAAGCCACUCGAUUGGUGGCUACUCUGAAGAAGAAGAUGUGACAGAAAAGUCCAAAUCACAAUCUGUCAGUAGAAAGCUGGCAACUCCAUUACCAAGUUCAACAUUAUCACCAUUGAGCAAUAGGUUUGAAUUUGCUGGUAGAAUAGGUGUUACAGCUUUAUAUUUAUUGAUACCAUUGACAGUAGUUUUUAUACUAAUAUCUUGCUCAAAAGCAUGCUCAUACAAAACACUCAAAGAACUAAUAACAUACAAGAAUAUAUCACUUUGGUUUAAUACUCAAGCAACCAUACUCGUCAUCAGUAAUAUGCUUUUACAAACAAUCUUUCUGUCCAUACCUGUGAUGGGUACUAGAGAGGUUGAUGACCGAGGAAAGAAAUAUUAUUUUAAUGCAUUUUUCUCAAGUUUCUGUACAAUAAAUCUAUUAUUUGGAUUGGAUUACUAUGGGAUACUGAACAAUCAUACUUUACUGAACUCUUACUUGCAAAUGGCGACAAUUUCUUACAUAAUAGCAGUAAUUCUGGCUCUGGCAAUGUUCUUGAAGAGCCAUAAAGUCGAUGAGAAUGAUUUGAAUCUAUAUGGUAACUCAGGAUAUGCAUUGUAUGAUUUCUUUAUUGGACGAGAGAUCCAUGUGGUUCUUCUGAACAUAAAUGUAAAGCUUUGGCUCGCAAGAGUAUCUAAUAUCAGCACUCUAAUUUUCUCAAUAUUAAUCUUCAAACAAGGCUUUAAUUUCCAAGAGAAACAAAUCAAUAAUAAUCUUUCAUUGGAGGAGCUUAAAAAUAUUCUAAGUAAUGUACACUUCAAACCAACCAUACUAGUGUACUCUAUGAUGCAAAUAGUUUAUGCAUUAUAUUUCAUUAUGAGAGAGAGAAAAGUUGUAUCAACGUUUUAUUGGAACUCUGAAGGAUUAGGGUAUCUACAGAUUGUCUCAAGUUCACUAUACCCUUUUUACUUCACGACUAUAUCUAAAUAUGUGGCAGAUACUGAUUUACAACUGACGACUAAUGUUCUGAUAGCAGCUUCCACACUCUUCCUGCUGGGUUUUCUUAUAAUGCUUAUCAGUAACAACAUUAAAUACGAAUUCAGGAAAAAUCCACUGCAGCCCAGCCUAAUGCACUUAAAUUCGAUGCCAACAUUUCAUGGCAAAAAGCUUCUGCUCUCUAGUCUAUGGGGUGUGGUGCGCCAUCCCAACUAUGCGGGUGACAUGUUGAUACACGCAGCUUUAGCUAUACCAGGGAUAUACUCACGUCAACUGAUAGCUGCGGCACCGGCUUUGAUAACAAUACUAAUGUUGCUGCAUCGCUGCUGGCGCGACCACGCGCGCUGCCGCCGGCGCUACGGCGCCGCCUGGCUGCGCUAUUGCAAGCGAGUGCCAAGUGUCCUUAUACCCAAAGUAUUGUAAGGCGUACCGUGCAACGCACGCCGGUAGAGCGGAGUGGAGCUGAGGUGUGGUCUGUAUGCUGGCGAUGACUACGGUGCCGCCUCGCUGCGGUAUAGUCCGUACUAAAUGACUUCUCACGCGCCAUUUUAACUCUCAUAUCAA